CGGGCUCGGACGGCCGCCGCCCGAGGCGCGGGGAGCGGAGCGAGGCUCUGCCGGCCUCACCUGCCGCACGUCCAUGGCACGCAGGUGAGCCCUCUGCUGAGGGAACGAACACACUGUGCUCCCAGGUCAGGGAAACAUGUCCCGUCGGAAACAGACCACUCCUAACAAAGUUCACUGUCUGUGGAAUGGAGAGCUGACUGCUGCGGCCGUAGCAACUGCCUCACUUUGCUGAUGCUGCUGGCUUGCCUGUCUCUAUGUGUUUCCCUGUGCUGCCUUUUUGUAUGGAUCCGGCAACAGAAAUCUAUGCAUGCUGUUCUCUGUGUUAGAGGAAAAUACAUCCUGACAUAACCUAAUGCUCUGCACCCUUUGUGAGUGUACUGCCUGCUGUGUAUCUGGAGGGCCCAGAAUUGCCAUGCAGUGCACUGGUGAAUGACGAGGAAAAUCGGAGAGAGCAUCAUCUCCAAGAUCUGGGUGAGCCAGCAGAAUGAGGAAUCAGGCUGAGACAUAGCAGGCACGUUACUGAAACUUCUUGGGACUGAAAUUGUUGGGAGGAGAGGAAUAAAAGGGACAGCAGGUACGUCUGCAAUUGGGAUCAGAUCUGCAGGCUGUGGGGCUUGGGAAGUGCUUUAUGGAUUUGCAUAAAUGCCGCUGUGAUUAUCUAACAGGACAAAUUCAUGAGAGGAUGAUGCCUACUUCUUCCUUGCUUGCUGCUCUAUGUUAUCUUCCUUCUCAGAUUCACUUUUGCAAGCAACAGCUGCAUUCUCCUGUCCCUGGCUUGUUCAGUGCUGCCUCUUUCCAGAGUUACUUUCCAGGCUCAGCAUGGCCCCCGUUUAACCUUGCUCUCACAACAGCAGUUGCUGUCUCCACUUAGCACAGUAGUACUUUGGCAUGCAGAAUUGUGCAGUUACAAGUCAGACCACUUGAAACAGAAUUUGAUGUGUAAGAAAACUCAUAAUUCUACCGAAACAACAGUAAAAAAUACUGUUAUCAUAAGCAUGUCAUUGUGUGUGAUUGCCAGUCCACUUAUAGUUUCCACUGUAGUCAUUUCCAUGUGGCAGAGUGCAGCACAUAAUUGGCUUUUAAUAACUGAUUUUUGUAUUGUCAUGUGCUGCAAAAAAAAUGCUUUCAUCUGACAGUAUGGUAAGAAAUAUAUUUGUAAUACUGAAGUAUGCUUAUUGCAUUGCCCAUUCCUCACUGAAUUGAAAAAUGCCACACAGUUGUAUUGUUCCUGUGGAAGUAUCUUCAUUCAUUUGGUCUUUAUUGUCUUCCAGACUCUAAAGUAUAAAAGUAUCUUCUCUCUAAGCAGUUAUUCUUCUGAUCUUGCUUCAAGCCUGUCCUUUGCUGCAAUGUCACUCAUCAGCUGUAGGUCAUUCCACUGUUCUUGAGCUUGCCAGGAAUUCUGCUGCAGGUAUUAGAGUUUGCUUUUGUUUCCUCUCUCCGCUAUCCCAUGAGCUGCUUUUCUUUCUACGGCUUCUACCUUUUGCAAGUGAUGCUUAGACCUCUUGAGAACAGUAUUUGUUAAUCAAAUUAAUAACCACUUCCUAGCUCUAUUCUGUGUUGUCCCGGUAUCCCAUUAAUCCUUGGUUUCCCUCCUUUUCCCUCUGAUAUAUAUAUGUACACACACACACACACACACUUUCUCUCUCUCUCUCUCUCUCUGUGCUCUUCAGCAUUUCUUGAAUUCUGCUGCUUGUAAUACUCCCAGUUUGAAAAGAAAGUAUCUUUCAAGAAUAGCAGCCAGCAAUCAAACUGAGCAAAAAUUGUUAUUUGCAUCAAAAUCCUCGAUUCUUAAAGGGCUCCGUGGGCUGCGGUUAUUAACACUUUCAAUUGUUGUUUUUCAUUUCAGUAACCGCUACAGCAGUGUGGACAACCCAGAAUAGCGAUGGGGCAGGUGGAUUAGAUCCACAGUGGUGGACAGACUUGCAAAUUUCAGGUCCAGGAAAGGAACACAGAGAAGACCUACAUGAACAGGGAUGUUAAAUUGAUGUACAAGGAGGGAGUAAAGUGGCUCAUCUCUGAGAGACUUUUCUGUUUAGGAAGGAAGACAGGGGAAUUAUGCAGUUUAUUCUGAUUUUUGUUUUGUGGAUUUUGGAGUGAGGUUGUUUGUUUAUGUGUUUAUUUUCCAGAACACCUGAGAGUUAUCCUGCAUUCAUACAGUUCAAGAAGGGAAGGGCUAAGGAAAAUAAUCAUUUCUGGCUGCCAAGCUGAUACACCAUCAGAUCGUAGCACUCAUAACUGCCCCUGUUGCACAGUACCACAGGGCUGGCCCCUACCUCCACAGCUGCUCUCCUGGCAUCCCACUCAUUUGCAAGAUUAUGGAGAGGAGAACUGGAAAGCAAAACAGAGGCAGUUGUUUGACACUCGCUGUUCUACAUCUCUAGCUGCUUGUGAAACAAAUACAGUGACUUGUUUUGGUGUUGUGGUCAGCCUACAGCCCUUUCUGUAUUUAAUAAAGAAACUUCUGGAGAAGAGUCUGCGAAUUCAAUAUUGAGCAUAAUGUCCUUUCUGACAGUGGUGAUCCUAAAGCUGUUGCCUGUCUUACUCCCUUUCCACAGAAAUGCAAAUGUAUUCAAAAUGGGGUGGAGGUGGGGGUGUGUUUGUACGUGAGCAUGUGUGUAGACAAUAAGAACAUAACCCUGUACCUAUCAAACAUUAAGAUUCCAAAGCUUUAGUGAUGUAGGACCUAGUCUGUCAGUAGAUGAACUGAGCACUCUUUUCCAAGUUCUUUCAGAAACGCUAUUAGUAGAAUAAGAAAUUUGGUAUAAGCAAAAUACAGAGCUUUUGAAAGUUUUUUCCACUCCCGUGAUUCCUUUUGGAUACAAGCUAGUGGUUUGGUUAACGGUUUGCAUUUCUGGCUGUAAGCUGAUGGAUGGUUCUCCACACUGCUCUAAAUCAGUGCUCAUGUGGUUGUGUGUAUGUUACAAUGAAAGGCUUCUGGCAGACGUGAUUGCUCUGCUGGUUGUUGUGAUUGGUGUUAGAAGUAGAAUCACUCAAUCUCAGAAUGAUUUGGGUUGGAAAGGACCUCAGUGAUGAUCAAGUUCCAACCCCUGCUGCAGGCUGGGCUGCCAGCUGUUAGAUAAGCGUGAGGUCAGGUUGCCCAGGGCCCCAUCCAGCCUGGCCUUGAGCUCCUCCAGGGACGGGGCAUCCACAGCCCCUCUGGACAACUUUGGAAGCCUCUGAAGGGCUUUACAGUCUUCCAAAAAUUAAAGCAAUGUUGGGAAUUUUGAGCUGAGCACAAGAAAGGCAGUAUGUGUAUAAAUAUGGGGCAAAGCUGGCUGAAGCAGUUCAGCAUGUGAGAUGCACCUGUCCCUGUAGCAGGACUGGUGCUGUCUCCAUGGGUUAUGAGUGCAGUUCCCUGUAUUGAUGCCAGUUGUGGCCCUAUCCUAGAAGGGGCAAUGCUUCUUUGAGAGCUGCACUCUGACCUUCUUUGCACUGCAUCUUAAAUUGUAUUUCUGCAUUUACGCUUUGAGUAGUUCCUGUGAACUUAGAAAUGUUGAUCCACAAGCUAUAGCUGUUUGGGAACUAGCACCUUGCCCCAAGUGCUCGUAACUCAUCUACUGCUAAAAGCAGGUCUUCGCUACCUGUAGAACAAAGUUGUUUGUUUGUUUUAAUGUGAAAAUUGGUGGUUGACUUCUAUAGUUAUUCCCUGGAACUGGAAGCCUUGCAGAGACUGUUGUAGGAAGUUUUCUUUCAGAGGAACUCAGAUAAUUGCCUUCUAAUAGGUUUUUUGUUGUCUGUUCUCAUGUUGAGUCGAGAUACAAAUAGUUACAAAGAGAAAAACAGACUGUAUGUAGAAUUUAGUUUAACCUAAUGUGGGAAUCGUGCAAGCACUGACGUCUGUGCCUUUCCAGACCCUAAUGUGAUUGGUUGACCCUGAUGCAAUUAGUAUGAAUAUCCUGUCGCAGUACUGUUGUGCUGCUUGUAAUAGCUUCUGAAUGAUUUACAAGAGCCAUGUAGCAACACGUCCAAUUUGGGAUACAGUCAUCACCCCUGCAUGGCUUUUCCUCACCUACAGCUGUUCUAUCACUGUUGGCAGAUUGGUCCUCUGGUAAAAGUGGAAGCCAUGUGAGCACAGGUGGCAGAUGUGGAGCCUUGCAGGUUUUUUACAUGCGACUGGAGUGGUGUAUAAAGGGUGUGCAGAGAGCAGCCUGACACCAUACACAUCCGCUAGCGAGACGUGGGGACUAGACUUGUGUUAGCAGAUACAGGAGGCUGGAGUUACAGGGCAGGGAAGCACAGAGGUUAUUUAAAUGCUUUCAGAGAGGUGACUUCAGAGGGUCUGCACGUUGCAGGUGAGCAACCCCACACUUGUUGCAUUUCUGGCAAGCUUUUGUGAAAUAAUGGAACAGCACCAAUCUGACUUUUUGUCCUUGUGGCUGCCAGGGGAGCAAGUCUUUGCAGGGCUGGAGGAGCAAGCCCGCCAAGCCAUGAUGAAAAACAGCUUUCCUGGAGCUCUUGGGGACCAAAGGCCGGCUAUUCAUCCACUGCAAGACCGUGAUUUCAGCAGCAGUGGCAGUGAUGAUGAGGAAACCACCCAUGAUGAAGUUUCUUCCCAUACUUCAGAGGAGGAUGGCUCAAUGCUAAAGGUGAAGAAAGAACUGGAGAAUGGAGACCAACCUGCAGCUGGAACCCUGCUGAUGAGAGAAAAUGAGGUUCCUGAGAGCUUGAAUGCUGACUCCAUUCUGGGACUGUCAAAGUGUCCCCUCUGCCAGCUGGAGUAUGAAAGCAGAGAGCAGCUCAUUGCUCAUGUAUACCAGCAUUCCGCAGCUGUGGUGAGCGCCAAGAGCUAUAUGUGUCCUGUGUGUGGAAGAGCCCUCAGCUCACCAGGUUCCCUUGGGCGACACCUCCUGAUCCACUCAGAGGACCAGCUGUCAAACUGUGCAGUGUGUGGAGCACGCUUCACCAGCCACGCCACAUUCAACAGCGAGAAGCUGACAGAGGUGCUCAGUGCAGAUCGCCUGCCUGUGCCACAGAGCGAGGGCCCUUCCAGUGUCAGAGGGAAGGACAUUACCUUUCACAGCCCUGUGUAUCCUGCAGGCAUCCUCCUAGUGUGCAACAACUGUGCUGCUUAUCGUAAGCUGCUGGAGGCACAGACACCUGGCAUGCGAAAGUGGGCGCUUCGUCGGCAGAACGAGCCCUUGGAAGUGCGUCUGCAGCGCCUGGAGCGGGAGCGCACCGCCAAGAAGAGCCGGCGGGACAACGAGACCCCCGAGGAGCGGGAAGUGAGACGCAUGCGGGAUCGAGAGGCAAAGCGCCUGCAGCGCAUGCAGGAGACGGAUGAACAGCGGGCGCGGCGGCUGCAGCGAGACCGAGAAGCCAUGCGACUGAAACGUGCCAACGAAACUCCAGAGAAGCGACAGGCCCGGCUCAUCCGGGAGCGUGAGGCCAAGAGGUUGAAGCGGCGCCUGGAGAAAAUGGACAUGAUGCUGCGGGCGCAGUUUGGCCAGGACCCCUCUGCAAUGGCAGCUUUGGCAGCUGAAAUGAACUUUUUCCAGCUGCCAGUGGGCAAUGUGGAGCUGGAGAGCCAACUGCUGAGCAAAAUGACUUUUGAGGAGCAGAGCAACAGUACUCUGCAUUGAGCUGCAGGCAGAGACUGCCAUCUCUGCUGUGUCUGUCACAGGCAAACCAACAGGCUUCUGUGUUCAGGGGGCUGCUGUAGCUCCCCAGACGUCACUCCUGCAUGGGUAGUUCUGGCUUCCUCCUGAAACAGGAGGAGAAUGGAGCUGAUUGAUGUCUGUCUGGGGCUACGGUCUGAGGGUCAGCUACCGCAUUCGGACAGUGGGAAAAUAAAUUAAUGUUUCAUGUUUA